AUGUCCCAUUUGCAGAGCGGAAAAGUGGACAUUUCCCUAAUUCAAGCGGCCGCCCGGGCUAACUUGAUAAACCUAUUGGAAAAAUGCCAUGGGAGGAAAGCCUUGGUUUGGGAUAACAGCAUAGCCGGUCCUGUGGGUUUAGUGGCUCAAUACACAAUCCUUAAGGAACACCAAGUCGUGAAAAUGUUUCCUCUUCGAGAUAUGCCCCUUCCGGAGACAGACGUGGAUCAUAUUAUAUUUAUUUCGAGGCCUAAAUUGCACUUGAUGGAUUACAUAGCUCAGAAUGUACAUUCUGAUGUUAAGACGAAAUCAGGAAGCAAAAAAGAGUACCAUUUGUUUUUCGUUCCCAAACAAAGCCUACUCUGCAUGGAGAGGCUGAAGCACAAGGGAGUCUUUGGCAGCGUCAUGUUCAUCGAUGAGUUCAAAUGCCAGCUCUUUCCGUUCGAAUCCGAUUUGAUUUCGAUGGAAAUCACGGAGGUUUUCAGAGAGUACACGGUGGAAAACGACCCGACUUACUUGUAUCAAAUCGCCCAAGCCAUAAUCUAUCUGCAGAAAAUGUACGGGCCCAUUCCGAAGGUUUGGGGCAAGGGGAACGCAGCCAAGCAGGUUUGGGAUCUAGUUGUUAGGUUACAACGGGAGAAAAAUUGCAGCGAUGAUAUGAAGAAUAAUCAACAAUCAUGCAUCGAUCAAAUGAUUCUGAUCGAUCGAUCGGUCGAUUUGAUAACACCUUUGGCUACACAAUUAACUUACGAAGGUUUAAUCGAUGAAAUUUUUGGGCUGAAUAACUCUACAGCAAAUUUUCCGAUCGAUAAUUUUCUAACGACAGAAGAGAGAACCACGGAAUCGUUAUCUGAAGAUAAGAAGCAAAUUAUACUCAACUCUGCAGAUAAGCUCUUCGCUGAUAUUAGGGACAAAAAUUUUAAUGCUGUCGGGACUUAUUUAUCCAAACAGGCCAAAUCGAUUAGCGCCCAAUUGGAGAAUACUCAGGAAAAAUCUGUACAAGAAAUGAAGUUAUAUGUCCAAAGAUUACCGCAAAUUCUGGCUAAAAAGAAACAAUUAGCCACACACACGGCUAUUGCCGAAUGCAUUAAAGAAGUAACAGACGGUUACGAUUUUUUGGACACAUUACAAACGGAACAAGAGUUUUUAAACUGCAUAGAAGUGGACAAACCUAGCCCGUACAUCGAAGAAAUGAUAGCUCAGAGUAAACCGUUGGUCAAAGUGCUGAGACUGAUUUGCUUGCAAUGCAUUGCCAGUUCCGGCUUGAAGCCGAAAGUUCUGGAAGGCUACAAAAAAGAUUUGGUGCAAGUGUACGGUUUAGAAGCAUUGUUAGCUAUAUCGAAGCUGGAAAAAGUCGGGUUGCUGAAACUCCAAUCUAGCACUAGACAGUAUACAGUUCUCAGGAAAGCUCUGCGUUUAACGAUGGAGGACACUUCGGAAAUAAAUCCAACGGAUAUAAGUUACGUUCACAGCAUUUACGCGCCUUUGAGCAUCAGAUUGGCGGAAAAUGUGACGAAAAGCGGCGGCAUGAAACAGUUACAAGAUGUCUUAGGGCUUCUACCUGGACCCACACUCGAUGAAACUGCUUCUGUAAACUUAAUGCCGAAUUCGGAUUCUCCUCUAACUGUUUUGGUGUUUUUUAUCGGAGGGUGCACUUUUUCUGAGAUUUCUGCUCUGAGGUUUUUAUCUCAACAAGAUGACUCCAAUGUUGAAUUUAUUAUCGCAACCACCAAACUUAUUAACGGAACAACCUUUUUGAAUUCCAUUAUCGAGAAUUGA